UGUGUGGUGUAAUGGGGGACACAGUUUGCUUUUUGCUCUUGUAUUUAGCUGAUAGUUGUCAUAGUGCUCUGCUGAGGUGCAGAAUGUUUGAGUCUGUUUCUCCAAUAUAACUGGGGGCGUGGGGGGAAGAGCAACACACCAUAUGUACUAUGGCACAACAGUAAAAAAUCCCAUACAUCCAUAUGAUUUUAAACAGGCCUUUUGUCCCUGUCUUAGUAUUUUCAUUAUGGCAGAACAUACAACUAAUACUGAGUUGAGUCGAACAAUAAAAAGCUGUUACUAAAUAAAUAAAUAUUUCAUCAGAGGGCUUAUGUGGUCAGGAUGUUAUAUCAAAGUUCAUCUCCUCCAGAAUCCAGAGAUUUUUGAAAUGGAGAAGUCUUAACAAGUCACUUGCCACUUGGGUUCUAAAUAGAUGAAGAUAUUGUGCUCUCAAAGAUGUGCUAAUGGUUCCUACUAUUUACUUGUACUUAGUAUAUGAGAUUUAAAAGAAAAGAAGAUGACUGGUUUUUCAUGUUGAAUGUGGAGGAAAGUGUCUUGUAAACUCCAGUGGCCAUAUGGAUCAUGUGUAUGUUUGUAAAAAUGGGGACAGCAAAGCCUGGUAUAAAAAUCCUGGGCAUUUCAAAGGGACAUCGGACGCAUUUGUGAAAAUUAUUCGAAUAGAGGGAAUUAAGUCGCUGUGGAGUGGGCUUCCCCCAACGCUAAUAAUGGCAAUUCCUACCACAGCAAUCUAUUUUACCUGCUAUGAUCAGCUGUGUGAAGCUUUGAAAAGUAGACCAGGAAAGCAUGAUGAGCACAUUCCAGUUAUUGCAGGUUCCUUAAGCAGAUUUGGUUCUGCCACCGUGGUGAGUCCCCUGGAGCUGAUCAAAACCCAAAUGCAGUAUCGCAGGUCGUCCUACAAGCAGCUGUACCUGCGUGUCAGCACCAAAGUGACUGUGGAUGGGUGGCUCUCCCUGUGGCAGGGCUGGGCUUCGACUAUUCUGAGAGAUGUACCUUUCUCAGCAAUGUAUUGGUAUAAUUAUGAACGUUUCAAGAAGAUGAUGUGCAAGGAAGUUGGUGCACAUGAACCCACAUUUUUUGUUUCUUUUACUUCAGGAGCAGCAUCUGGCUCUAUUGCAGCUGUUGUAACUCAGCCAUUUGAUGUAGUGAAAACACAUAGGCAGACUCAGCUUUGGGAGAAUGAGACUUUAAAAAUUCCACAGAGGGACAGUAAAUCAACCUGGGCAGUUAUGAGGAAAAUUGCUGCUAGAAAUGGGAUUACUGGAUUAUUUGCAGGGUUCAUUUUAGUAGAGGCCACCUCUUGUGUGCUGGAGCACAGGAGCCCUGCAGGCCCAGGUGCUCCGGUUGCAUGGAAUCAGAAGGGGCAGAGACACACUGGACUUGAGGCAGGCAGACCACACAAGACAGCAGAGGUAUUACUCCACGGCUGUUUAAAGUUGCUCCUGCUUGUGCCAUAAUGAUCAGCACAUAUGAAUAUGGAAAGUCUUUCUUUUCUCAUUUAAAUGAAAAAAAGAAUCAACAUCCAUAAUUCUUCGUCCAAUUGUACGAAGGCAAAGUAUAAGACGGAAGUUGUGUCAAAUCCAAAUCUGUGAAGAUGUUUUCUAGAAUUCCCAAUGAAUUUCUACUGUUACAUUUGGUAACUAAUAAAGCUUCAUUUUUAAUUU